ACAACAUGUCGGUGGCGUUUCCCUCUGCGCGUCCUCGGACCAAAGGGGAGGUGACCCCGCAGAGCAUUCAGAAGAUGCUGGAUGAAAACCAUCACCUCAUACAGUGUAUCAUGGACUACCAAAGCAAAGGAAAAACAGCUGAAUGCACACAAUAUCAGCAAAUCCUGCACAGAAACCUCGUCUACUUGGCCACGAUAGCAGAUUCGAACCAGAACAUGCAGUCGCUUUUACCCGCACCUCCCACUCACAACAUGGGAAUGGGCCCGAGCAGCGGACACACUUCAGGGAACGACAACAUGACGUCAGGACUGACCCCCACGACCAUCAUGCAGACCAAUGUUCCCAUGAUGCACCAGGCGGGGGCGCCUCAUUACUCCUCCGCCCAGAUGGGGGCGCAGCUCUAUCAGGGACAGGGCGCGAUGGGACAGAGUCAGAGCAACAACAUGAUGUCCCAGAGGCCACUGGGGUCGUACCGCAGCUCACAGCCAGGGUCUACACAGCGGCACAUGGGCGAGGACCACGGAGAGCAGUAUGGGCACACUCAGAGCGGGGCCAUAAACCCGCAGUAUUACCCAGAUGGUCACGGGGAGUACUCCUAUCAACAGACCUCAUACGGAGAGCAAUACGAGCGGAGUUUUGAUGAAUCCUCACAACAUUAUUAUGAAGGUAACUCUCAGUACAGUCAGACACAGGGUCAGUAUCAGCAGGGCUCGGGUCAGCAGGCCUUCGGACAGCAGCAGUACUCCUCCCAACCAGGCUACGGCGCUCCACCUCAAGGAUACGGUCCAGGCCAGGGCAGUUCUUCUCAGUAUCCUCAUUAUCAACAGGGUCAGGGUCAGUACGGGUCAUACCGCUCGUCCCAGGGCGGCGGACAGGCCCAGCGACCAUACUCCUACGAACAGGGUCAGUACGGAAACUAUCAGCAAUAAAACCUGCUGCUGAAACGUGAGACUGUGUCGACCUGAACUGUGGAAACGUCAGCUCAUGUACAAGUACUAUAGUAGUUUUUGAUAUUUUUUACAUUUAAACUUGAGUUAGUUUAGUCUUCUGUUUGGAGACGCACUGUUUAAAUAUAAAUACACUAAAGUAAUGAUCUUUAGUAGACUGUGAGAUCUCUAGUUCAUGUUUAAAAGUACAAAACAGAUACUCACUUAUGUAACCGCGCAUCAUCGUAGUACAGGUUAUGUCCUUUUACUGCAGGGGUCACACGGCACAUUACUCCAGAUGCCAUUCCGUUUCCAGGUCAUUUUGUUUGCACUUUAUUUCCCAGUGACAGUGCACGUUUGUAUCUACAACGUUUGUAGCUCUGACUCAUGUAAUUCACCCUGUACAGCCUUUUUUUUAUUCAUUUAUUUAUUAUUUUUUGAUGAGAAAGCCAAAGUAACACAGGAACAAGCACUCGACGCCUCAGUUUUUCCAACGAGUGCGACGCAUUUUCCUCCCCGUCUCGCAGUUUAUUAGAACACAACUGUUUCUGUGAGUCUGAAGUAGCGUCCCGACAGUGCAGUAUCGCAGACUGUGUCCUGCCUCUGGGCCUACGUCAGUUUACCUCAGACAAAACUCACAUCUGCAGACGGAAUUCAGACUCAUCAGGAAACGACAGCUCCUACCUGACACUGACAGCGACAAUCACAGGCUGCAUUUGAUGUGACAAACUGUUCGAGCAUUUUACCGCGUGUUCAAGUGUUUUAUCGUCAAGUCUCU